AUGCCACUCGUCGUCCCCGGCCUCAUGAGCUCAGGCGGCUCCAACAAUCAGCAAGAAGACUGGAUGAAUAAGCUCGUGGGGAAGAAGCUCAGCGACAGCACUUCUGAUACGACGAGCUUCGCAAAGCAGGAUCUGCCAAAGGAGCAUCGAGUCAUUGAGCAUGGGAGUAUGGUUACGCAGGACUUCAAGCCGGAUAGGUUGAAUGUGCAUUUGGCAGAGGAUGGUACGGUCAGGCAGGUUGACUUUAAGUGA